GCAGUACAUGGCGCCGGAACUCUUCCUCGACGGCGGCAUCCACUCUUUUGCCUCGGACCUGUGGUCCCUGGGCUGCGUUCUCUUCGAGCUGCUGACUGGCGUGCCGCCAUUCAGCUCUGUGUCCCAUCAGCAGCUGCAGCAUCUCGUGCUCUCUGGGGAGCCUCCACCUGCGAAGGCUUCCUUCGACUUCGAGGACCUGAAAGCGCAGCUGCUGCGGAA